AUGCGGUUGUGGUUGUUGGUGGCUGCGAUUACAAAUGUAGAGUUACUCAAGGCGGCCGAUAACAUAGAAUAUGCUUGGUGUGAUACGAGUGAGUGGAAUAGUAAAGUAAAAGUCAUUAUUUCAAUGUAUUUUACUUUAAUUUUAUAACCAGUUUUAGAAAUUGUUAACUAAAAUUAUUAUUUUUACAAUUUUCGUGAUAUUGUAUUGCAUUUCAAGUGGCAUAUUUCUCAAGUUAUUUAAUUUGAUUUGAUUGUGUAUGUAAAUGUCUUACGUUUGAUCUACAUCAUGAUGUAUAUAUUACAUGCUGAUGGUAUUGCAUCUUUUAUUUUAUAGUUGAAUGCCUGCUACUGUUUGCGCCCGCGACGAGAUUUUAUGCUGGUCUGGAGGAGAAUAAGUGUAAGUAUAACAUUUUAUUAAAGUUAUCUUUAUUUAUUACUUUUAAACUCAUGGUAUAUGUUUCUAUUGUACCUUACAGUGAUUUUAUCAUACUUUCAGUCAUCUACAUCCCCAGUGAAGCGCUAUACAAUGCUUGGGGCAAUAGUUCGAUCGAAACCUUUGCUGAUAACACUUACAGUAAGCUGGCUAGCAAUCGCAUGUAUAAAAAGUCAUUUGCACCGUUGGUCAAGAACUUUACUUUGACCUACACCUACAUUCCUUCCUUGGGUCGUUUUCAAGAUGUCAUAAAGCCUAGGGACGAGAAGUUGUAAGUUUUGUGGUUUAUUUGUCUUGUUGUGAGUUAUGUUACACUUCUAGUGAUCGCUUGAUGUUAUGUUUAUAUAGUAAGAAGAAUGUUUAGGUUAGUAGUCAUAGGGGUCAUGUAUAUGUUCUUAUUUCUAUUUUUACUUAUAGAAAUGUUAAUAUAAGUUUAUUUAUAUCUGUAUAUAGUAUAUUUCGUUAUAUAGUAGUCUUUCUUAUCUUGUUAUAGAUUAUCUUGCAUUUCUUGACAUUUCGCUAAUAUAAUCUUACUGUAACUCGACUGUAAAGUUAAUUUCAGCUCGGUUAAACAAAUUAUGGAUGUUUUGAUGGCAAGAAGAAUCAGUACGAUAUACGAAUAUGAUAUCAACAAAAAGAGCACGUGCAGGGACAAGUACGGGUACUAUUCGGUAUGUCACAACUCUUUUUGGUUUUUUUAAUCUUUUGUAAAUUUUUUUUUAUUUUGUUUUAUAAUAGUAUUCUACUUGCUUUUUGACUGUUUUUUACUUGUUUUUAACUUUAAAAAUGGUCUUUUUAGAAUACAGUCGAUGGCUCGGAAACAUGCAUGAGUUUAAUGAGCUUUCCCCCAACAAACUUUACAUUCCAGUACUAUGCAGGACCAGUCACAUGGAAUAGGAUACGAUUUGAUGACAAAGACUACCUACUUCGACUACUGUUGACAAACAAUGAGUAAGAUAUGAUUAUAUUGUUGAUCUGAUCUCAUAUUGAUGUUUCUGGGUUUAUAUCAGUCUGGCGGGCCAUUUCUGGUGAUACUGAAUUUCGCAUUUGAUUUAUUAUACAUGCCAAAGCAAUCAAAACAUCUUCAGAUUCUCAGCAGCACACGUUCCAGACAACACUAACCCAUCGAUGGAGAAAUACAUGUCAUGUCAACAUACGAACGGCGCAGUAAAACCCCCUGACAAUGUAUGUUACGCUGUGUUUGGUUUGUUUUCGUACAGUCGGAUAUGUUGUUGCUACAACAAGAAGUGCGACAUUCUACAACCACUGACAAAAACUCUGCAAAAGUAUCAAGUAUGUCCGUAUGGUCACUUUGACAUACACGAACAGCGUCCCAUCAUAAGAAAGUACGAGUACGAAGAGUUUGGAGCUAAGAGCAUAGCAAAGUUGUGCUACCUGGUCUACAAUAUCACCGUGAUUGAAGGGUAAGGGUGGUAGUGUAACUGUCGUUUGUUUACAAAUAGUAUAAGAUGUUUUAUAAUGGUAUAUUAUUAAUGUGCCUUAUUGCUCAUGAAAGAGCUAGGUUUAUAGAAAAUUGAAAAAAAACAUUUUUGGUUGACGUAACACUAGCUCUGACAUUGAUAACAUACUUAAUAUAAGUGAAAACUAUAGGAAAAAGAAUGAAGGGCACGUUGCUUUGAAAGCUAGUCUUGGUGGUACAAACGACACGGGUGAAGCAUGGUACUACGGUGCAGUAAGUGAUCAUAUCUGUCGCCGAAACAUUACGAGAUGUUUGGAUAUAAACACUGAAGAUGUGGCGACAAAGCGAAUGCUGUUGACAUGCUACUGCCAGGAUCCGGCUCAAUGUUACAAUCUUACUCUGAGUUCCUUCAAUGACUUUAAUCAGUUUUAUGGCCGUGCUUUGAAUAAGGUAAGGGGGUGAAAACAAGUUUUGAAAGCGUGAAUAUCUUAUCUGUCUAUCAUAAGCAUUUUUUGAAAAAAGAUGUUUUACUACUCUGUAACCUACGUUAUGUUAUGUUUCAUCUCCACCUAACACUCUUUAUUGACUAGGCUUUCAGAAAGAGCAAUUUUGCAAACGAUUGUCCUUUAAUUUUGCAAGAGAUAUUAAACUCAAAGAGUGCCAUACCUACGUUGACCUGGCAUAUGAGAAGCCUGUCUUACUGGUGUUUCUAAACAACAUGGUAACCUACAAUCUUGUCUUUGAGUUUCGCUUAAACAGUCUUGAGAAAUACGAUCCCAGGUUGGAGGGUAAAGCGGUUACGGUACGUUUGAUGAACGGCUACAUAAUGGAUACGGUACUAAAAGACUGCAACAACACUGUCUACCCUCCCAAAUCGAUAGCCGACCGAGAAGUGAGGUUGUGGUAUCAGUUCAGGUGUAAGUUUGGGUUUACUGUUGAUAAUGUGGACGCUAUAAUGCAACUCUUGUAUAAAGAAUGCCUUAGGGAUUUAAAAAAGUUGUUCCUUAUACGACAGUUUCUUAUACAAGAGGUCUACUGUAUAGAAAUACAAGGUAACUAUAUAAAUAAUGUUCUUGACUGCUUACAGGUAGUUUUGCACGUUGUGACGAAAUAUUUGAUAAUAAAGGAGUGGCUAUUCUGAAGGACUAUCCAGAUCUUUACCCUCAAUGUUUGGCUUUAUCAAAAUAUAUAUACAAGUUGAAGCACGGUGACGUUGACCGUGACUUUGAAGACUUUUUCGGUCAACUUAUUUGGGGAGUUGAUGGUAAGUGUACUUAAUAGUACUACAUGUAAGUACUUAUUAGUAUAGGUAAAUGUACUGAGUUUAUGCUUGUUAGUAUCUUUCAAAGUACUAUAAGUUUAUACUAGCUAGUACUAAAAGCUUAUACUUCUUAGUACCUUUAGUAGUACUAUAAUUUCUACCCUUGUUAGCAAUAUUUACACCAAGGUUCGAUAACAUGGUAACGAUGUUUUACUUUCAGUUUCGAAGUCCUACUGUGUCAUACAGUACACGUCGCCUCUACGCAAAGACGGUAGCGAAGAUUUUGCAUUUAUAACAGGAACGGUAAGUGCUGACGCAGUUUUUUGAGUAAUGGCUGUAAUUACUCAGACAUUGAUGUUUAAGAUAUGCUGUAGUAUUUGACAUGUUGUUUCAGGUGACUGCCGAUGACUACAAGAAUUUCAUCAGAUGUCCCAAUUACAAUCGUAAGGACUCAGUGAUUUGUGUCCGAAACAAAAUGAAGAUCUUUACAUAUUGUUGUAGACCUUACUUCACUUAUGAAUCGGAUGAGGAAAAGUACAGAAGAGCUCUACGGAAUUUUAUCCAAGAGGACUGGAAACUUUACUGUGAGUUGUUGUUGACUUUCAAUUGGGGUAACCGUGUCCUUUUAAGUAAUGUAACCAUGCCUUUGUUGAUAUCCAAGUCAUUUGAGUCUUUUCAAAUGUAUUUGGCAAUAUUUUGGGCGAUAUUGUUAUCUAAAAUUAAAUGAAGUGGCUCAAUAUAAGGUAUAAAUAUGAAAAGUUAUGUUUGAUAUCAUUAACGAAGCUUUGAAAUGUUUUACUAUGCCCAUACAUGACCACAAUUGUCAAUUUCAGUUCUCCCACAUUCACAAAUAAAGGUUGAGAAGAGUGUGAACGAGCCGGGAGAUUGUCUUAUGAACAGAAACGGAUUAACCACGAAUGAACUCUGUGAAUUCGAGCCCGGAUGCUACGGAGAGUUCAUGUUCAGUUUGUUUAAAGUAAGAAAUGACAAAAGCGUUGUUAAUAUACUUUUUGAGGGCUAAACAGAAAAUUGAAUAUCCCGCUGUUAUCUACACUCUAGGUAUAUUCUAGAUAGUCAUAAUUUUUUGUUUUUACUGUAAAACAACGUUUACAUUACCACCCAACAUUGAUUGCUUACAUCAUCUAUAAUCAAUGCCAUUUCAGAAUCUAAAGUCAGCCGGCUGCGCGCAAUCGGGCGUAGCCACCACGAUGGCAUCGAAGGACAUCUACCGUCAUCAUAUACACGCUGGCUCAUUAUGCGACAUCAAGCAGAAUUACAGAACCAGAAGGGCGAUAUACGAAGGAGAAUGUGUGGUAGUCAACAAUGGAGUGCAGUCGGUAGAUGACGUGCCCGCCUUCUGGAUGGAAGACACAGCAAAUCAGCAACGUCUUCGAGCCAGGAAGCUACUAUGUUGUUGUGAAGAUGCGGUGGACUGUCACCACGAUCUGAUAUCGUAUGUCGCUUACUACGAUUACUACCUCGAUGAGAACCAGGAGAAACUCGACGAGAUUCUCAAGACUUACAAUCUUGAUGAUAUUGAUCCAUGGAAGUACCGUCCAUAG